AUGGAAUCGUCUGCUCCUGAAGCUGUCUCAAAGCCUCCUCCGCGAAAACGUCGCCGGCCGACUCGAUCAUGCCAGGAAUGCCGCCGUAAAUACUGCCUUCACACGCCCCUUGAGCCCUUAACUGUGAUUGACUCUUGCCACGCCAUAGGACGAAAGGUCAAAUGCGACCUUGAGCAGCCCUGCGCGCAAUGUGUAGCUGCAAGAUGCGCAUGUGUCUAUGAUCCUCACCCAUGGUCGAAGACCUUGGAAGCCGCUGCUGUCGGUGCUAUACCAUGGCAACCCGUCAGGCGUGAAACACAGCGGCCUGGCUCCCUCAAUUACGUGGAGCAGGCAGAGCAAUCUCUGGUAAACCAGCAUAACUCGCAGAGGCUUUUGCCUAUUCAUGGGUCUAAGAGGCCCAUGGAAGAUGAACUGAUGAACCUCGGGUGCCGAAUCAGCGCGAUAGAGCAGCAUCUGGCAUCGCCGAGUGCACAUAACCAGCAUUUGGGUCAUGUUCAGAGGGAAAUACCACCACAGGCUCAAGGAUUAGCUCUGAAUAAGUCAAGGCUCUACGGUCCAACACAUUGGUUGCAUGGAGGAAAUGAGUUCAAAAGGGUGGCAGUUCUUAAUAAAGACAAGGACCAAUCAGCGGAGGAAGAAGUAACGAGAGACCAAAAGGCCAAACUCGAGAGGCUCUUUCACAAGUGCAAGCACCUUGCUCAAAAACUAAAACAGAAUGAUCCAGGAAGAUCCAUUACGCAGUCGGGUUCGAGCCUGUUCUUGAGUAGCAAAAGCUGGGCCGAUCAAAUGGCGCAGUUAUACGUCACCCGCUUUGAGUCGGCAUUUAGAAUCCUCCAUAUUCCUUCGUUUUGGGUAGAAUACGACGAGUUCUGGAAGAGCCCAGAACGGGCCUCAAUGGCGCUGCAGUGCAAGGUUAAGCUCGUAAUAGCAAUCGGCUCCAGCCUGUAUCGAGAUGCUGCGGACGCCGACAACAUAAGAUGGAGCUCAUCUCGGUGGGUUCAUGAGGCACAAACCUGGGUAACUGGCCCCCUCAAGAAAGACCGAAUAAGCCUCAGUGGCCUUCAGGUACAAUGUCUAUUGAUCCUUGCUCGACAAGUGUUAUCCAUCGGAGCAGAUUUAGUAUGGAUAGCAGUAGGGACUCUUGUUCGUACAGCCAUGCACAUGGGUCUACAUCGCGACCCAAUACACUUCAAAACAAUGACUGUCUUACAGGCAGAGAUUCGUAGACGAUUAUGGGCCACGAUACUCGAAAUGAACCUGCAGACAUCGCUUGACUCAGGAGUCCCGCUGGCAAUAUCAUUUGAUGACUUUGACACGAGUAGUCCCCGGAACGUUAAUGAUCAAGACAUUAGCGAGAGUACCGAGACUCUUCCGUACUAUGAAGAAACAACUGUGACGGAUAUGUCCUUGCAACUGCUCUUGCUCAAGUAUCUGCGACCAAGAAGCGAAAUAGUCCGCCGCAUGAACGGAGCUUACUCCAGCUUCUCCCAAGACGAAGUUCAAUCUCUCACUUCAACUCUCAACAGAGCCUGUCGUGAGUGCAACGCCAGUCUUGCAGGCAAUACUAACGGAGAUGCGACCAAGGUUUUCAAGCGCAACAUGGCCGAUCUGCUUCUUCGUCGCUUUAUGCUUACCGUUCACCGCCCACUAGCCACUGCUUCCAGAAUUAGCGAACCUGGUUUCCAUUUCUCCAGAAAAGUGUGCCUUGACUCAGCAACGGCUUUGCUUUCACCACCGCAUAACUCUGACUUUUAUCAUCUCACAUUCAUCGGUGGUGGCAUUUUCAAGAACCGUAUCAUUCAUGCCUCUCUAGCUAUAUGUUCAGAUCUGAUUAUCGAUAUGGAGGAGCUUAACUCGGUGGAAUGGCCGUCGACUUAUCGGAAAAUGCUCAUAGAUUCUCUCCGUGAAGCUGUGAGGCAGACGACUGAACGUAUAAGGCUUGGCGAGAAAAAUUUGCGCUUGAAUAUGAAACUAAAUGUCGUCUUAUGCCGUGCCCAGUGCGCAGGAUCUGGUAGUGUUCGGCAGCUGAAGAUGAUUGAAGCAGCCCAGGAGAGUCUGAAGGCGGCAUAUGCUGUUAUGCAGUCUCGUUUGAGCGUGAUGGACGGCAAACGACUCGAACAAGGACAAGGACAUCUAGAGCACAGUGAGCAUGAUUGGCAAAGCUUGGGUCUGAGCGUCGAUGAGGAUUGGGAUGAGUCUUAUGAUAUGCCGGAUAUCGGACUUGAUGAGCUCCUUUGGCUAGGCCUGGGCGAAGGCGGGAUCGCGGCUUCACAUGAAGUAGAAUGA